UUGACUUACAAGAUUUGCACAGAGGUAAUGGGGUAGUUGGAGGUAGAUCAGCGAGCACAAGUAUUCAUGAUCCUGGAAGUCAUCUCAUGUCAACCAGUGUGGACCAUCGAGAAUGGGACUAUUCAAAAUCAAAACAACGAGUUUUUAACGUAACCAGUCAUAUUUGUACUUUCUUGUUCCUGAACGUACUUUUCACGUUUGCAGUCUUCAACGCAAUCUUACAGUGGUUAAAGUCCCUUUUCGUUAGGUUAAACCGGAAGGAAACACCAACGGAUCCAAAAUCCAAAGCAGAGUUAAAGCUUAUACCUGAUCUCAACUAUUAUUUCCGUCUUUAUGGACUACAGGUCAAUACUUAUGACGUUACGACUGAUGAUGGAUACGUUCUCACUAUACAGAGAAUCAUCGAUCCCCAGGAGUCUGCUGAAGACCGAGCUAAAAGACUACCAAUAUUAUGUGUCCAUGGUUUGCUACAAUCUUCUGGUUCCUUCUGCUCGAGUGGUAAACAAUCGUUGGCAUAUUACUUUCAUCAACAAGGCUAUGACGUUUGGUUAGGUAACAACAGAUGUGGGUUUGAGGCUAAACACACAUUUCUAUCACCGAGCGACCAUAAAAUGUGGGACUGGGACAUUAUAGAUAUGGCACAGAAAGAUCUACCUGCACUGAUAGAGCAUGUGUUAAUAAGCUGUGAUUCUCAAGCUGAAUCUGUAACACUGGUGUGUCAUUCUCAAGGAACCACACAGGGAUUCAUUACCUUAGAUUCUGAUAAAUUUGGACUAAGCUCAAAAAUCAAUUGCUUUGUGGCUCUGUCACCAGCUGUAUUUGGUGGGGAAUUACUUGAGAAGCGAUUGUUCAUCAGGUUCAUUGCUUGGAUGUCGUUAAAGAAAUUUUUCUUUGGAAUAAAUUCCUUCAUUCCAUUUGCAAUGACCAUGAGAAAAUAUAUCGGGACAAGCAAGGCUUAUUGCCAAUUAAGUUACAUGAUGUUCAACUAUCUCUUCGACUGGAAUGAUACCCUCUGGGAUCAAGACUUGAAGUGUCGCCAUUUCUUAUUUUCCCCAGUCUAUGUAAGUAUGAAGCUGAUGGCAUGGUGGUUGAACAGUAAGGAAGGGUUCAACCAAUCCAAGGCAAUUUUAGAGCCUAAGAAACAAUGGUUUGAUUCAACCACCCCGCCUAUAUUUCUCGUCAUCCCAACUCAAGAUCUUCUAGUUGACGGAAGAUCUCUUGUUGGACACAUGAAGUCUUAUGAGCCUGAGUGCCGAUAUUCGUAUAUUUAUUUGGAGAACUAUUCUCAUUUAGACGUUCUUUGGUCUAAAUCUGUCAUAGAUGACGUUGGAGUACCUAUUAUAAACUUCCUAGAGUCUGAAGUUUAUAAGUAACAUCUGUAUAUAGAGCUGUCUUUAGGAAGUUUUGUAAAAAAU